GUCAUCAAGCGAAGCAAUCUUGUCCCACGAUCCAAAGCCCUGGUAGCUGAUUUGCUGGUACAACUUUACUUCAGUGGGGUACAGCGAGAAGUUCCCUUGAUUGACCAAGCCGAAUUUCUAAUCGAGUUUUACUCAUACUGUUUAGUAGACACGCCCCGCUAUCCCAGCUUCAAAUGGCCUACGAUUAUCAACCUUAUCCUCGCUAUUGGGGCUCGUUACGGCUCAUCAAACUUGGGGCAUCCUCUCACCGAUUCCGACAUGCAUGAGGUAUACUUUACCCAUGCAAGGGUGUUGGGGUUAAGUGAGAGCUUGAUGUUUAACCAUUCAGACCUUAUGAAUGUCCAGAUAGAGGGCCUUACUUGUUUCUACCUACUUAUUGUUGGUGAAAUCAACAGG